AGAUAUAUUUAUGUAAAUGUUUCUUUUUUUAUUUUUUUUAAGAAAACAUUGGAUAUUAAAAAAUUGCUGAAACAGAAAAUUGCGUUUAAAAAAUAAUCUUGGUGUGUAAAGUAUAUUUAUAUUUACUUUUUUAAGCGGGAGCUUGACAGAUUUACAGUAAAUCUUUAUGUUUCAGGCUUAAACAGAAAAAAACAAUAGUUCUUUACAUAAGCUUAAAACGUCUUUGUUCUUUGUCAUUGAAUUAAAACAGUUGUGGAGAAAAAAAAUAGAAAAUACAAAUCAAUAAAACGAGAGCGGGAAAGCUCAUACAUUUUUGUUCAGGCAUCUCUGCAGACACCUCAGCUGCUGUAAACAAAGGUCCUUCGACUCCACAGUGUGCUCCUGUUCGGCAGCGGUUUUGGUUCUAGUGUGCCGCCUGAAACCUCCGGUGUCUGACUAACGUGUGAUUGUGGCGUGCAGCUUUACAACCUCCGUGCAGCGACUGCACUGGUAGAGGAGGAUGGCUCAUCCCGCUCCGUCCCCCAUCUACUGCCUGAGAGGGGCCGGGGGCCCCCUCAACACCCUCCACUUCUGCUGCCGUGGGACAGACGCUCCACUUCUGUUUUCUGGGUCUGCAAAGGGAACGAUCCACAUGUGGAAUCUGAACAGCAGGAGGCCUGAGAAGACGUUCGAGGCCCACGGGGGUAGUUCCGUUCUAUGGGUCAGAACGCUAAAGUCCCCCGACUCUCUCAUCAGUCAGGGGCGGGACAUGCAGGUGUGUUUGUGGGACCUGAGGGGAGGUUGCGGCCAGCCGGUGGAUUCUGUCUUCACGGGCAGCGUCGGGUUCUGUCAGUGCUCCCUGAUCGAGACGGAUCAGACGAAAAGCCUGCUGGCCUUUGCCACCCAGCAGUCAGAGGAGGUAAAGAUCAUUGAGAUUCCCAGUAAGACCACUGUCUGCACUCUGGUGCCGGAGACCAAACUGGGAAUGGUCAUGUGCUUAAAACUGUGGCAGCCAGACUCGGGUCCCGGACCUCUCCUGUUGGCUGGAUACGAGGACGGUUCCCUGUUGCUGUGGGACGUAACCCAGAGGUCCGAGCUGAGCCGAGUCAAAGCCCACCCUGAGCCCGUCAUGUGUCUGACCUUCGACCCCCAGCGGCUGAGGGGCAUAUCAGGCUCCGCAGAAACAAAACUCUCCUCCUGGAUUCUGGACAGCCAGAACAACAUACAGCUUCAGGAGAGUGUGAAACUGGUCAAUCCCGGAGUUUCCCAGCUCUGCAUCAGGUCCGAUGGCAAGCUCCUGGCGUCGGCCGGCUGGGACCACCGAGUGCGGAUAUUUGGCUGGAAGAAGCUGCGGCCGCUGGCGGUGCUUCAGUACCACACCGACAUGGUGCUCAGCGUGGCUUUCUCCGACCCUCUGGACCCCCGGCAGCGACUCCUGGCCGCCGGAUCCAAGGACCAGCGGAUCAGCCUGUGGUCCAUAUACAACGAGGGAGCCGCCACGGGCUGAGGCGCUGUAAUGGAGGGAUGCACAGACUGUUGGUCUAAACUUCUGUCAUCAGCACUGAUGUAAUGCGGCCUUACCUCCUGUCUGGGCCUCUUUGGGCCGCCGUCGCAGUUGAGGCGAAUAAACCCUUGGCUCGUUUUUCAGAGAGCUAAACAUACUUUUUAAAAUGCACCAUCUACUUUGUGAAAAAAAGAAUGUAUUAUUUUGUUCUUUUUUCUGUUUUUUGUAUUUUCAUUACAAAGCCAGGCUUUUGCAUGAAGUGAUAUAUUCCACUUUUUAAAUUUAUGUUGACAUCCAACAUUAAAAGUCCCUUUUUUCUUACCCUAA